AUGGCCUCCCUCGCCGCCGCCCAAGACAGCAGCGACAGCGACGACGAGGCCCACUUCUGGCCCUUCGCCGAGGCCUUCGAGGACGACACGCAGACCUACCCCUACGGCACGCUGUCCGCCGUGGCGUCGCACGUGACGACGCCGCGGGAGACGGCCCUCGCAGCCGCGCGGCUCGGCGACGUGGCGCGCGACGACGUCUUCGUGGACCUGGGCUGCGGCGUCGGCGCGGUGACGAACCUCGUCCACGCGACCGUCGGCUGCGCGUGCCUGGGCAUCGACUGCUGCGAGGCCGAGGUCGCCGCGGCGCGUCGAGCCGCGGCGCCGCCCGUCGACGGCCACGCCGCGACGUACGUCACCUGCGACCUCUUCGACAUGCCGCGCCACGUCGCCGGCGUCGAAGCCGCGCGGCUGGUCGUCUACAUGCACCUCAUCCCCAAGCUCGUCUGCCGGAGCGAGGUGCGCGACCUGCUCGAGCCCUACGUGCGCGCGGGGGCCCGCGUGAUCACGUCCAAAUACCACCCGGACUACUGGCGCGCGGCGCGGACCGACGGCACGCUCGACCUGCGACGGUACGACGCCGCGUCGCUGUCGGCGGCGGACGACGCGCGCUGGCGGCGCCUCGGCAAGUGGCGCGGCUUCUACAACAGCGCGCACGCGCCGCACCUGCCGCCGGGCGCGGCGCCGACGCUCGACGCGCUCCCCUGGCGGUCGGGCGAGGCCUACGCAGAACUCGCGCGCUACCUCGAGGCCGCGCCGCGGGGCGCGCGGGCGCUGGACGUCGGCUGCGGCACGGGCGAGAACCUGGCGGCCCUCGCGGCGCGCUUCGACGAAGCGCUCGGCGUCGACGUCGUCCAGGGCGCCGCGGACGCGGCGAACGAGCGCGCGCGGGACCUGGAGAACGCGCGCGCGGUCGUCGGCGACGUCCUCGCGCCGGGCGCCGCGGCGAAGCUCGGCACCUUCGACUUCGUCUUCGACGCCCAGACCUGGCACUGCGUCCGCGGCGUCGACGAGGCCGCGGCGCGCGCGUUCUACGGCGCGCUCGUGCGGCCCGGGGGGCGGCUCAUGGUCCUCUGCGGCAACGCGGACGAGCCCGACGAGCGCGGGCCCGUGCGCGUGGCGCGGGCCGACGUCGAGCGCGCCUUCGACGGCACGGGGCUCGUGCUGGAGGCGCUGUCCCCCUUCCGCUUCGACGCGACGGCCGCGUACGCGCGGCAGGACUUCACGGAGCCGCCCCUCGGGUGGCGCGCGCUCUGGCGGAGGCCGGCGUCGUAA